AUGCGGGAAAAAGCUACCGAAGAGCAAUUUCAUUUCGAUCCCGAAAUUGAAAGAUCACUCCGAAAGCUCAAUAGCAAGACACGAAGAAGAAGGAAGUUAGCCCAAGAGAAGCGACAAAGAGAAGAGGCGUCUACUUCUUCUAACAAUCAAAUUGAAGAAGUAGUUGUAAAGACUUUUGAAGGAGACAUGGCGGGUGUUGUUCCAACCGAAAUGUCCGCCAAUAGUCCAAGACGCACCGCCCAAUUUGCACGCAAUGCUCAAGGUGGAGCAAAUACGGAGAUGAAGACCGGAAUCCUCCAACUUGUUUAUGCAAAUCCAUUCACCGGAAUGGAUCAUGAGGAUCCUUUCGCACAUCUCACCAAAUUUUAUGAGAUUGCGGGUUCAACGGGAGUCGAUGCGGCGAAUGAAGAAUCAUUGUUCAAGAGACUAUUUCCACACUCAUUACUUGGGAAAGCCAAAGAAUGGUAUCUUGAUCAAUUACCAAAUGUGAUGACAGAUUGGAAUCUAUUGGAAGAAAAGUUUUUAGAACGAUAUUUUCCUCAAUCCCGAUUCAUGGAGGCCAAAACGGCAAUCGCGGUUUUCAACCAAGGAAGCAACGAAUCACUUAAUGAGGCUUGGGAAAGAUACAAGUCAUUGUUGAGAAAGUGCAAGGGGCAUGGUUUUGAUGAGCUCACACAAAUUCAUCUAUUCCGAAAUGGACUUCAACCGGUUCACAAAACGCUUUUGGAUGCUACCGCGGGUGGUUCUCUUAUGUCCAAAAGUGUGGAGGAAGCAAUCACUAUCAUCGAUCAAAUGCAAGUGGAGUUACUCACACAACAAAUGAUGAAACUCCCACAACAAAUGAAAGAGUUUCAAGGAUCUCAAACUAGGCACCAUGUGGCAGCUUGUGAACUUUGUAAUGGAGAUCAUCAGACUGGUUUUUGUCCUCCCCCCGAAGGUGAAGAAGUGAAUUAUGUGAAUAAUGCAAACCAAGGCUAUCAAAGUACACCUCCACCUCACAACAACCAUUAUCAAAGACACAAUCAAGGGUAUCAACCAUCAAGAUUCAAAAAUUACAAUUACCCUCAACAAAGUCCUUAUCAAAGUCCAAAUCCACAACAUCAACAAUCUCAAGGUGGAAGCUCAAACUUGGAAGACACUCUCACACAAUUUAUGCAAGCAUCCAUGGCUAAUCAAAAAAGCAAUGAAGCUGCCAUCAAGAAUUUGGAGAACCAAGUGGGCCAACUUGCAAAGCAAUUGUCCGAACAACAACCGGGAUCUUCUUUUUCCGCCAACACUCAAACAAAUCCAAGGGAGCAUUGCAAAGCCAUUGUGACAAGAAGUGGUAAAGAGAUAAAUGGUGGAAUAGAUGGAGGUGUUAUAGUGGAAGAUGAUGAGGAAAUAAUAGUUGAAAACCAAGAGGGUGAGGUGGUAGUUGAAGAUGAGGGAGAAAAGAGUGAGGAGAAAGUGGAGGAAGAAUUAGUUGAAAAAGAGCGGAAAGAAAAAGAAGGAAGAGAGAAAAAUGACAAAAAAGUGAAGAGGAAUAAAAAGAGAAAUGAGAAUAAAAAGAAGUACACGGAUGAAGAGACAGUUGUGCUUGAUGCUCAUUGUAGUGCAAUUAUUCCAAAAACUCCCCCAAGAAAGGAAGCCGAUCCGGGACGAGUCAUUUUACCGAUCACCAUUGGAGGUAACUACAUUAGUAAUGGUUUGGUUGAUUUGGGGUCUAGCAUCAAUUUAAUACCUUUAUCCGUUGUCAAGAGAUUGGGGAACAUCGAAAUGAAACACACCAGGAUAACUUUGCAACUAGCCGAUAAGUCUAUCAUUUCACCAUAUGGAGUUGUACAAGACAUGCUGGUAAAAGUGGACAAAUUUUUGUUCCCGGUUGAUUUUGUGGUAGUCGACAUGGAGGAGGAUCGUGAUGUGCCAUUAAUACUUGGAAGACCAUUCAUGAAGACCACCCGAAUGAUGAUUGAUAUCGAUGAUGGGAUUAUGAAAGUGAGGGUGCAAGAUAAAGAGGUAAUUUUUAGUCUUUUUGAGUCUAUGAAGCCUCCUAAGGAUGAACAUGACAACUUCCGAAUCGAUGAUGAAAAAGGAGAAAUCAUUGAGGUGGAGAAUCAAUUUCACAAGGACAAGGACAAGGCAAAUCAUGAGGGAAAGACUCAUCACAAAAACUUUAAAGUUGGACAAAUGGUGCUUGUGUGCAAUUCAAGACUCAAGGUGUUUCCUAGCAAGUUAAAGUCAAAGUGGUCGGGGCCAUUUGUUGUGAAAGAGGUGCGAAAUUAUGGAUCCAUUAUGGUGGAGGACCCUAAAACACAAGAAAGCUGGACUGUAAAGGAACGAAGACUCAAAGUCUACCACGAUGGAUAA